GAAUUAGCAAAAUUAUUGUUUUUAUUGAUUAAGUUAAACAUUUUAUUAUAAAAGAUUUUCGAUUUUUUACAGGUCAAAGUCAAAUUUCCACAUUUAAUUGACUGUUUUCAGUCAAUUUUGCGUGUUUUUAUAUUUAUAUAAAAAGAUGCAACCAGGAAAGAUUGUAUUUCUAUUUAAUGUUGUCAAAACUGUAUAUUUUUCCUAAAAAAUAAAAAAGUCAAAUAAAAGCAAAAGAUUAGCAGAAAAAAAAUCGUCAAAGUUGCGAAAAACUUCAGAGUUGCCAAAAACAAAUAAAUUAGUUUAAAUUUCCAGGAAAAGGCUGGUUGAAUGGGGUUUCUUUCCUUAUUUAAGCUUGUAAAAUGACUCCAGAGUUAUACAUGUGUGCAUUCAGGCCCAUCUGCAGCAUUUUUCCACACAAAAGAACGAUGUGAUUUAUUCCCGGCACGGGCUGAGUCCAGUCCAGUCACGUGACCCGGUCUGUAACCAAUCGGCAGCCGGGAAGGAGGUGAAGGCAGGAAAAAAAUUACUACCAUUUUAGGGGAGGAUGGAGCCACUAUACCAGCCCAUCUAACGUUUUACAGUCCUUCCUAACUUCCUUUUUAUUGAAAUAAUAAAAUAAGCAUGUCGCUAACGAAUUAUUAUUCCAUGAUGGGUCUCGGGGCCGAGGAGCCGUACGGCGCGCACUUCAUCCCGGGAGGCUUGCAGAGUUCGACGGGCGCCUGCUCAAAGCCAGCCCGGGGAGCGGAGGAGGAAGAGGAGGGGAGCUCCCACAUCCCGGAUUUUUCCCAUUUUUCCAACAAAGUCAGCCUGAACGGCUUCUCUCCGUGGACGGGCACCUCCGCGUCCUCCUCGCCGUCCUCCCCGCAGCUGCAGUCCGCCCACGGGGGCUCCCUCCCGGGCCUCUUCCAUCCACAUCACCUCCUCGGCCAUCACCACGCCUACUACGGUCCGCAGGCUCCGGGCCACGCCGAGCAUCACCACCUCUCCGCCUCCGACGGCAGGUUCGUCCGCGGCUGGGAGGGGGUGACGACCCCCGCCUCGGAGACGACGGCGCUGCCGCCGCCGCCGGGUCCAGCCUCCUUCCCCGCGUGCGUGCCGGAGCCGAGCCCGACGUACGACGCAAUAAAACCCGAAACAAGUUCGCCGCCGCCGUCGCUCGGCGCUAGCGACGGUCCGAGCUUCACAAGCCGGACCGAGGUGGUCCUGGAGCGGCUGGGCACCGCGGAGGAGCUGGGGAGGACGGCCGAGCCCAAGAAGGAGGACGAGGACAGGGAGAGCCAGCAGCAGCAGCAGCAGCAGCAGCAGGCGCCGCCGCCAGACCCGGAAAACCCGUCCGCCAGUUGGAUCCACGCCAAGUCCACGCGGAAAAAGAGAUGUCCGUACACCAAGCACCAAACCCUGGAGCUGGAGAAGGAGUUCCUCUACAACAUGUACUUGACCCGGGAUCGGCGCCUGGAGGUGGCAGGACUUCUGAACCUGACGGAGCGACAGGUGAAGAUCUGGUUCCAGAACCGGAGGAUGAAGAUGAAGAAGCUGAUGAUCCGAGAAAGGAGGAGUAUGAACGAAUGAGUCGCGCUGCUUUGUAGGUGAGGUGAUUAGUGCAGCUCUGCAAGACCGACUGCCAUGAUCAGCUGAGCCACGGAGGUGGAGCUGGACCACUCGUCCACCUGCAUGUUUCAAAGCAGGAAGGGUCUGGAGUUUUUUGUUUUUUUUUGUAAAUAGUAAAAGGCUGAGAGCAGCAGGAAUCGUCGACAUGCUCAUCUCUUUUCCGUGGGGUUCGGUAAUAUCCAAAUGCUUGAGGCAUUCUAAAUGUCAAAGGAAGCAGAGAACUUUUCUUUAGAAAUGUACAAAGUAUGAAGGUGCAGCUGCUCACUCGGUUUUUAAAACUUAUGUUGAAAUGUCACAUUUUCCUGACAGCUUUUUCAAUGAGUACAUGUUUUUAUUUGGUUCACAUAAAUCCCUCAGCAGUCCCAUGGAGCAGAUACAUAGGCUGGGUCCAAACUUCUUCUACAUCUUCUAGUCUGUUUGUUCUCUUUCGGGGUCACGGGGCGGCUGGAGCCUAUCCCGUCCCUUGUGGGUGAAGCCUGGACAGGUCGCCAGUCUGUCGCAGGGCCCCAAUCACACACCCAGACUAACAUUCACACCUAUGUACAAUUUAGAGUAACCUAUGAAUCUAUGAAGCACGUUUUUGGACGGUGGGAGGAAGGCGGAGUUCCUGGAGAAAACCUACGCAUGCACGGCGAGAACAUGCAACCUCCACACAGAAAGGUCCCCCAUUGGUGUUCUGGUUCAGGUCCCCCAACCAGGACUUCUUAUUGUGAGGCGAGAGCGCUAACCACUGCCCAGCCAUGUAGUGCGUUUGCCAUGUUGUCGGGGGCUCCGAAUCUACAAUUCCAAAAUCCUGUGCCAUGGAAAUGUCCCCUGGUGUGCAUCAAUGCUCACUAGAUUGCUGAAUAUAGACUACAAUGCAUUGUAUCUGAACAUUUUGAGACGUGUAAAAAAAUGACUUUAAUUUAUUUUUUACAAAUCAUCCAAGUUUUCAUCAUUAGGAUUCAUAAAUAGUCUUUAAAAUGUUGAUAUUUGAUUUUUACUGCAGCAUUGAAAGACGUCACAACGAGAAUUUUUUUUUUAAAGUAGUGACCAUAUGUUGGAACUGCAUUACAAUCCAGCCUGUUAAGGGUCAUGGACUAGUGAGGGAAUUUAAACACAGCCUUAAGGCCCGUACACACCGGGACGAAUAUUCGCCAGGCGUUAUUCGCCAGCGUUUUUCGCCACG